UGGUGCUGCUGCUGGGGAUCAUCUCAUCUCAUCUCAUCAUCAUCAUCAUCAUCAUCAUCAUCAUCACCAUGCUGCUGCGGCUCUCGUUCGCGCGGCUCAGCCUCGUCGCCUCCGCUGCGCUCUGGGUCUUACCUUGCUGCGUGGGAGGUCUCCACGAGAUGUACACCGGCUUCGGGCAGCCAGACCUCUUCCACAAGAAGUCCAACUGCAAGCCGAUCCCCGCGAGCCUCCUGCUGUGCCACGACAUCGAGUACGCGGAGAUGCGGCUGCCCAACCUGCUGGGCCACGAGACCAUGGACGAAGUUCUGCAGCAGGCAUCCUCCUGGAUCCCGCUGGUGCAGAAGCAGUGCCACCAGGACACCAGGAAGUUCUUGUGCUCCCUCUUCGCCCCGGUGUGUCUCGACGAGCUGGACGAGCCCAUCCAGCCGUGCAGGUCGCUCUGCGAGGCCGUGAAGACGGGAUGCGCUCCCGUCAUGUCCGCCUUCGGCUUCCCGUGGCCCGACAUGCUGCACUGCGAUCGAUUCCCCGCCGACAACGAUCUGUGCGUCCCCCCGGCCAGCGUGGACAGCGUGGAAACGGCCACGAGGGAAGUGCCUAAAGUGUGUGAACCCUGCCUGGACAAGGAGGAGAACGACAAUGAAAUUGUUGACAGUCUUUGCAAGAAUGACUUUGCCCUGAAGAUCAAGGUGAAAGAGAUCUCUUACAUGAACGGCGACACCAAAAUCAUCCCGGAGACGAAGAGCAGGACCAUCUACAAGCUGAACGGCGUGACCGAGCGGGACCUGAAGAAGACCGUGCUGUGGCUGAAGGAUGGUCUGCAGUGCACCUGCGACGUGAUGAACGACAUCAACGCCGCCUACCUGGUCAUGGGCCAGAAGAUGGACGGACACCUGGUCAUCACCUCCCUCAAGAGGUGGCAGCGUGGCCACAAGGAGUUCAAGAGGAUCUCGCGCAGCAUCCGCAAGCUGCAGUGCUAACCAGUUCCAAGCCAAACCCGGUCAUCAGUCCUCCGCACUUUAGGUACGGUAGCACUCCGCAUGCUCCCAGGCACACUUCGGGGACCACCGCCCUCGGUGGCCCGUUUUAACGAAACCAGAAGACAUAUUUGGCCAAAUUUAUAAAACACCACCGUUUUAUUUCCAGGUUCAGCUUUGUCGACUUCAAGGCAUAAUUUAUUAAAAACCUUAAAACGUAACCUGGUGUAUUCUCAGUAUGUGUCACUCAUACCUUUGUUUUUAUGACAUCGCUCUCUCGACGUACGGGAUCACUAAAACAGUUCUCCGUGACCUCGGCAAGGUCAGCCUCCUUAUCGCAGCAGCAUGCAUGACCUACUCUUAAAAGGUAAAAUACUGUACUUUGGUGACUGUUUGAUGUUUUUUUUUUAUAUAUAUAUGAGUUGCUUUCUGUUUGAGCCACAAAACUGCACUGUUUUUGAUAAUCCGCAUCAUCAAGUGUCCAUACUGUUUAAUUCCACUGACAGAAUGUUGUGAAGUGAAAGUUACGGCAGCAUCUCAAUACUGUCAUUAUCAGUGAAACGGAGACGUUUACAUUUCAAUUUAACAGCGUGUACUUUGUUACGGUAUUACGUUCUCGUCAUUUAGUCAACUGACAUUUUCCUAAUGUAUCGUAAUUCUUGAGCUAUAUGUUUUCAUGCACUGUAAAUAUUCCCUUCAGCCUUUUAUAUUCUUGUAAAUAAUUGUUAAAAUGUAACAUUUUUGUACAAACCAAAUAUCCAACCUACACCAUAGUGAAACAAGUGAGCAGGUAUCACUGUGGUUUAUUUGAUGUCCUUAUUCAACCUUGACAAUGCAUAAUCUUUGGUCAUAUGUUUCAUUAUAUUACAACUUUAGAUAAGACAAUAAACAGUGAUGUAUUUAGCGGUAUCUUUGUUGUGCCAGUAUUUACUAAGAACAAAAAGCCUACACAUAAGCUGCGGUCCUCCAUUACAGCUCAUUAAGCCAAAUAAAAUGUAGAAUAAACGGUAGUUAACGGAAGAAAGGUGAUGAAUAG